UUCCGGGAUCUCUCGAGAAGAUAAGAUCUUCAUUUCAAUUGUUAGAAAGUACUGUGCUUCAACAAUCACAUAAUUUCGUUGUACAUGUAAAAACCAGAAAAUUUGUGUACUGCCUUCUGAACAUAGAAUCAAUAUACUUGAAACAAAAUGGCAAAUCUACAAACGUUAUUAAAAUGCACUCUAAUACUGAUCAUCAAAACAGUUUUCUCUAACAGUCAAGAUUUAUUGCCGAAAGUCUUCCAGUUCCAUGACACAAAUGUGCCUAAUCCCUUUCCAAUACACUACGACAUCGAACUGACAUUCCUAGACAUUGAGAAUAUAUCAGAAUAUUAUUUUAAUGUCUCUGGCAACGUUUCUAUUACUUUUCAAGUUAUGACCAAACCAAUCAUAAGCUUCAAAAUGAACGUAGCACCAUCAAUAGAUAUAUUUGCUAGAAACUUAGUAAUGAAAGGCAACUCUGCGGAAACUUUUAAUUGGACGAUAAAACGCUAUACAAAUGAAUUAUCUUCGUAUCAAGAGUGGGUUUUUAGAAAAAAACUUCAACGAGGAAUGUACAUCAUGACAUUGGAAUAUAAAAAUAUAGCAUAUGGUAAUGAAAAAGGAUUCUUCCGUAUCCCUUACAAGAUGCAUAAGUUCCACACAGAAGACAAUACACAAUGGUUGGUCGCAACAAAUUCCCAGCCAAAUGGGGCCCAUCGAAUGUUUCCCUGUUUCGAACUGGCAGGAUCUAGAACAACCUUCAAUAUCUCUGUAAAAGUUCAUAAUAAGUAUAACAUUUUGACAAAUAACGGAACGACACGUGGUUACUUUAAUUAUUCAGAUGGCCUGCAAAUGAAACGUUUUACAAUCACAACUAAAAUAUUUGCUUAUCAAGUGGCAAUUUUAAUACAUAAUUUUAACAACACUAAGAAAUUACAGUCAACACUAAAAUAUAGAAUACACAGUAGAAACACGGAAAUAGAUAUACAUUAUGCAAAAAAGAUUAUUAAAAAUGUCACAUUGCUUUUAAAAAAUGAAUGGACAGAAAUAGAUUCUUUAUGGAAACCAGUUAUAAAUUAUGCAUUAAUACCUGGUUUUCAAUAUGACAGCGCGGACGGUUGGAGACUUGUUUUUCUUAGGGAAGAAAAAGCUAUCUAUAAUCAAGAAAUAGAUACUUAUGGGCGAAAAAUAGCGGUGGCAAAAUUUGUAGCACAAAAAGUGGUGCGCCAAUGGUUAAGUAGUACAAUCAGCCUCUCUAACUGGUCAAACCUGUGGUUGGACGAUGGGAUAGCUAUAUUUUUUGGAAUGGAUGCCGUUAAUAAGACUUUUCCAGAACUUCAAAUGUCAAAUUUGUUGGUAGUUCAAGAUAUACAUGAAUCUCUCCAUAUCGACACUGAUUCUUUUAUGAAACCUUUUUAUUCGAAUGUCAGCAAUUCUGAAAUUGAUACAUCACUUUACUUUACCCGUUACCUCAAAGCACCUGCUUUGAUACGUAUGCUGCAUUAUAUGACGACUAUGGAAUAUGAUAUAUUUAAAGAAGGUGUAGCUCACUUUUUAUCAGCAACUUAUAAUCAUCAGUCGACAAUUGACGACUUUUGGAAGUUGAUUCAACAUGCUGAUGAUAAGCAUCUGGAUACAAAGUUUAAGAAUAAAACUAUGAAAAUGGUGAUGGAUACUUGGACAGAGAACAAUUAUCCAAUACUAAAGGUGCGCACACGUACAGAUACUCAAAGUCUGGUUGUAAGAGUAUCACAAACAAAUAGUGAUAUAUUUAAUGAACACAAAUGGUGGAUACUUGUUACCUGGUUUACGGAUCAUUUAUUAACUUAUUCUAAUCGUAUUAUACCUGCACUCAGCAAGUGGUUACGCCCAGAUGGAAAAAAAUUGACUUUAACUACUUUAGAAAGCGAGAGCGGUUGGAUCAUCGUCAAUACGAAACGAUGUGGAUAUUAUCGCGUUCUCUAUGAUGUAGAAAAUUGGCGAAGAAUUGGAUGGUUUCUGGAGACAAAUGGCUCGCGUAUUCAUGUUCUCAAUCGCGCUCAAUUAAUCGAUGACGCGUUUUACUCCCUGCUAAAAAAGAAACUCGAUUUAAUCUAUUUCUUGGACCUAACAAAAUUUCUUGCGCGAGAUGUGGAUUAUGUAGCAUGGUAUCCUAUGUUUAAAGCUUUGGAACACAUGUCGCGUAUUUUUGCAUUUUAUAGCCAAAAAAUCUGGCAUCUUAAGACACGCUUGCUGAACCUCUUAGAAUCAGUUCUUAAUAAAAUAGGAUACGAAGCACAACCGAAUGAGGACAAACUUACCGAAUGUUUAAGAGAAGAAGCAGCAAAGUGGGCAUGUUUAUUUGGUAGUACUGAUUGCAGAGAAAAAGCAAGUGUUUUAUUAGAUUGGCAUCUCCAAAAUCGAGAGAAGAAUAAACUUUCACCAGGAUGGAGGAAAUGGACGUACUGCGAAGGUAUAGCAAUGGGAGAUAGUUUUAUGUGGCGUAGUGCGGCCCGCGCAUGGGACGAAGAACGUGAUGAUGCAUUGUUAGAGUACUUAAUGUGCACUAAUGAUUUUACUACCGCCAUCAAUUCUUUCGGAACAUUAAAAAACACAGAAUUAAUUAAGCACGCACAAUUCAGGGAUGACGUCAUUUAUUAUAUGUAUUUUCUUGCUAAGUAUGCGAAUCACACAAUUAUAAUCGAUGAUAUACUCGAGGAAAUUUUAACAGAGAGAAGACCUAGUGCAGUAACUGAGAUUGCUGGAUUAAUUAUUGUUAUUAAUAAUAUAUAUACCACGGAUAAACUUGACAAGGUCGAGCAUUAUGUAAAAGAAAGAGAGAAUCUACGCUCUAUGAUUUUAUCUAAGAUUGCAGAACGCAAAAAUCAAUUCUCUAAGGUGGACAUUUAUGCACACGUUAUUACACAACCAAUUACAGAUAUUUACAUGAAUGAUGAUUAAUCAAUCAAAUCGAUAAAACUUGACAACUGCAAUGCAUGUAUUGUAUAUAUUUAUUCGCUUAUGUAUUACAAUUCGAUUUUAAUGUGGAAAUUUUGAAUUUUAUGAUGUUAUUUAAUUUAAGUUUAUCACGCAUACAACAUAGCUGCUUAAAAGCGCGCAUGUACUUGUGUAUAAUUUUUGAAGCGUUAUCAAUUCUAUAACAAUGUUACAAAUGU